AUGCUGACUUUCAUUCAGCUGAUCAAUUUCUUACUUCUUUGGACGAUCAACGGUGAGAAAAUUUUCCACCAUCGCGACCAUUCGGAUUUGCAGAUGUUUAACGCCCAGGAAGCGCAGACCAUAACGGACACGUACACAGCAGAGCUUUUCCUCUCCAGAUAUGGCUUCAUGAAGCCGGUGAGGUGGGAGGAAACAGGAGACCAAGACGAAGAUCUGGACUAUGACAACGGCUUCCUAGAUGACCUCCAAGCGAGUAUUCAAGAAGGGACCUCGGUUCCCCGUUCCAGGGAUCGCUCACAUCCGGACGGAGAAAGCCACAUUUUUAUUGCAGCACUUCAAGACUUCCAAAAACUAUUCGGUUUACCAGUGACAGGCGUGUUCGAUGAUGCCACCAGGGACGCCAUGAACAAGCCAAGGUGUGGCGUCCCUGACAAGGAAAUAGAGCAGGAACCAGAAAAAGUAAUCAGUCCUGAGCCAGACCUUGAGGAGAGUCAGACUUUGGAUGUUGAAAACAGCACUGAUUUGGACACUUUUAAUGAGAUGGAUAGCAACUACACAACAAAUGACAUGUCUAGUGUUGCUAAUGACUCUGAAACAGACUUCUUUAAUGUUAACGGAACCAUAAGCCCUUUCUCUGACACCAAUACCACUGAUUCCAGUCUGGAGUUGGCACCAAAAAACAUAUCCCUGGUCAACCACGCGGCCAAAAUUCGGUCCAGCCUAGCGGUAGCACGCCGGAAACGCCAACUAGCUGUCCUGGUGUCCAAACGUAGACGUAAGAGGGACUUAGGAGACACCGGACACGCAGCCUUCAGUAAGAACGUCCUGAAAUGGCGGCUGAUGGGCGAAGGAUACAGCAGUCAGCUGUCCAUCGAGGAGCAACGCUACAUUUUCAGGCUAGCCUUCAGGAUGUGGAGUGAAGUGUCGCCUCUGCAGUUCGUGGAGGACAACCGGUCACCACUGGAAGACGUCGAUAUCAGGCUGGGCUUUGGAACGGGAAGACAUCUCGGCUGCAGUCAGAGGUUUGAUGGGAACGGUCAAGAAUUCGCCCACGCCUGGUUCCUGGGUGACAUCCACUUUGAUGAUGAUGAACAUUUCACUGCCCCAAAUGCCGGCAAUGGGAUUAGCCUCCUUAAGGUGGCGGUUCAUGAGAUUGGACAUGUUUUAGGGCUGCCCCACAUCUAUAGACCUGGGUCCAUUAUGCAGCCGAGCUAUCUUCCUCAAGAAGCCAGUUUUGAAAUGGGCUGGAUGGACAGGAAAGCCAUACAGAACCUUUACGGGGGUUGCACAGGUCGGUUCAACACCGUGUUUGACUGGAUUCGACGAGAGAAAACACCGUACGGCCAGGUGGUUGUCCGAUACAACACUUACUUCAUGAGGGAAGGCUGGUACUGGCUGUACGAGAACCGGAACAACCGGACACGCUAUGGCGACCCGGUCCCAUUAAGGGUCGGCUGGCGGGGGCUCCCCGCGGACGGAGUGGACGCCCACGUGCACGUUUGGUGUCGAAAACAAAAUGCCGUUUACUUCUUUAAAGGUACUCACUUCUGGAAGUAUGACAGCGAAACUGACAAAGUCUUCAGACAGGACUCAGAGGGCCACCGCUAUCCCAGAAAGAUCUCCGACGGUUUCCCCGGAAUCUCCGGUCCUAUUGACACGGCCGUGUACAAUCGAAGGGACUCGCAGAUUUACUUCUUCAAAAACACUCUAGUUUACGCGUUUAACGUGGACUCUGACAGCAUAGUGCCGGGUUUCCCUAAAUCCAUCCAAGAGGUGUUCCCGCCAGCGGCUAACGGUGACCACCCGGGCGGAAACAUUGACGCCGCCUACUUCUCAUACGCACGCAACGCCGUCUUCCUCAUCAAGGGACGGAGCUUCUGGCAGGUGGCGAGCGGGCGUGAUCGCCGUCGCCGCCCCUACCUGCCACGCAACGGCCUGUUACCGCGCAAGGAAGUGGAUCAGCACUGGUUCGACAUCUGCAACGUACAUCCCACUGCGCUUACACUGAAAAGAUAA